AUGGGUGAAAGAACAAAAACAAAGCAUUCGAGCAAGACGAUGAUGAAGAUGAAGUUGCACGAGAUGAUUGACUAUGCCAUCGGAGGAGCCGAGCGUGGGGAGAUCAACAUCCACGCCUUGAGGAAAUUCUUCAACUUUAUCCUGGAAAAAACUGGCAUAAGUCGCGAGAUCGCCUUCAUAGAGCCAGAGACAACAAUUCUGAACGAAGCGGAGAGAGUACAGAAAAAUCAGCCAGAACCGGAAAAUACAGAGAUAAAAUCCUUGGUCAGACCUGUCAUUCUCAAUCCCAACCACGGGUCACAAGAAACGAACAAGUUUGAAGACACGAGGAUAUUUUCUCUCUGUGGACUCGAUCGUUCACUGGAGUUAAGUUGCAUCUCAAUAGGCUCGCUGUUUAGAGGUGUGAAAGAGAUGGAGCAAAAUACGUUGGAGGUGGAGGAGCUGCCGGAGCAAUACGACCUUUUGAGGAGUGUCAACCCGUAUGAAAGUAUGACACCGACAAUUCUCACAGAAGCCUGGAAAAUGUUGAAAACCAUCAGACAGAUUUUUAAAAACGAGGCUGAGUUGUCUGAGGCCAACCUCCGCUUUGAACAGUACAAGUUGAAAAUGGCAGAACUGAAAGAGUUUAAUGACGAAAUCAGAAAAGGUGUAAAGGAAUUAAAUAAGGGAAACGUUGACGACACAGGUAGGCCAAUUACUACCGACCCCUUCCAAGCCGUCGUACGUUUAAUUUAA